UUUUGUUUUUCGCCACGUCAACAGCACUUGCCGGUCACAAUCGCUAGAUAGACGUUCGAGCAAUUCGAAGUGGAAAAUCUAGACCAGUUACGUUAGUCCUUGUUCAAACGGUGAUUUGAAAAUGUCGAGCGUUGUGACCGAAACCGUUGAGGAAAAUUCAAAACCCAAGCUGUCGCUGGCGCGGGAAAUAAACUGGAUAACGGUACUGUUUCAGAUACAGAUAACCAUUUCGGCGUUGUGUACUCUACAUUUCCUCUUGUACGAGUGCUACUGGACCACAGUGAUAUUCGCAUUUUUCCUGAUAUAUCUUGGCCACGUAGGCGUAGCAGCAGGGGCUCACAGACUAUGGGCCCAUCAAUCUUACAAAGCGAAUGGAUUCCUCAGAUUCAUCCUCAUCCUUUUUCAAACAUUAUCAGGAACGGGUUCGGUAUAUGAUUGGGUCCGGAAACAUAGACUACAUCACAAACAUUUCGGAACAGACUUGGAUCCCUUUAACCCUUCCAAGGGAUGGUUUUAUGCCCACUUUCAGAGUGUAGCUUUGAAUCUCAGCCCAGCGCAGGAAAAGGAACUCAAAUCUAUAGAUAUGGAUGAUCUCGAAGACGACAAAAUGGUUAUGUUCCAGAAAAAGUGGUACAUACCCUUAUACAUAAUAAUCACCCUGCUGCUACCUGUCAAUGCCCCUGCUGAAUAUUGGGGAGAAAAUAUAUACGCGUCAGUUUUCAUACUUGGAUGGUUCAGAUGUGCCAUUAACCUUCAACUGAGCUGGUUGAUACACAGUGCUACGCAAAUAUGGGGCCUCAAACCUGGCGAAAAAUUCCCAUGCGACACCAAUCUGGUCUUCAUCAUCAACAAGAGCAAUUGGCUCUCGUACCACUACAUGGCCCCCUGGGACUACCAGACCAGUGAGUUCGGCCAGUACGGUCAAGACACCAUCUCCACCUUCAUCAGGGUUUGCGCUGCACUUGAGUGCGCCUAUGACUUAAGGACGGUCGACAGUAAGACUGUCAGGAAGGCCCUGACUAUGUCAGUCAACGAGAAAAAAAAUAUAA